ACUCAGCAGCCGGCACUUGUGAUUAGUGUCCACCCAGGUGCGGUACAGCUCGUCCGGCUCCUCCACCUCCUCCUCGUCAUGGCAACCAGUCGAUUUGCAGAGGUCCAGCAGGGGCCUCCCAUCGAGGUGUUCGCCAUCAAUAAAGCCUUCGCUGACUGCACAGCCGAGAAGAAGGUCAACAUCAGUGUGGGAGCUUAUCGUACUGACGAGGGUAAGCCAUGGGUGUUGCCAGUGGUGAGGAAGGUGGAAGCAGAGUUGGCAUCAGACAUGAGCCUCAACCAUGAAUAUUUACCCAUUUUGGGCAUGGAGGCAUUCACGACGGCUGCUGCAAAAAUGUUAUUGGGGGCAUCUCACCCAGCCAUCACUGAAGGAAGGGUAACUUCAGUACAAUCACUGUCUGGAACCGGAGGUCUUCGUGUAGCGGCUGAUUUCUUGUGUCGGGUCCUCAAGUACAACACCGCCUAUUAUUCUUCACCAACCUGGGGGAACCACCGCCUCAUUUUCUCAGAUGCUGGGUUUACUGAACUUCGUCAGUACAGGUACUGGGAUGCAGCUACCCGUGGCCUCAACUUUGAUGGCAUGAUUGAAGACCUCACUAAUGCCCCAGAAAACUCCGUUAUAAUCUUCCAUGCCUGUGCUCACAACCCAACUGGUGUUGACCCCACACAAGACCAGUGGAAGAAGAUUGCAGAUUUGGUUGAAGAAAAGAAACUGUUCCCCCUGUUUGACUCGGCCUACCAAGGGUUUGCCUCGGGAGACCUCGACAAUGAUGCCUGGGCAGUACGUUAUUUCGCCGAGCGUGGCUUUGAAAUGAUGGGCACUCAGUCAUUCUCCAAGAACUUCGGCUUGUAUAAUGAGCGCAUUGGUAACCUGAUGAUCGUGGUGAAGGACCCUGCCUGUAUUACUCCCAUGAGGUCCCAGCUGACACUGCUGGUGCGAGGGUCCUACUCCAACCCUCCCUGUCAUGGUGCUCGUGUGGUGUCCCGGGUCCUCAAUGAUCCAGCACUCUUUGAAGAAUGGAAGGACUGCAUCAGGACCAUGAGCGGUCGCAUCAUAGAAAUGCGUAAGGGCCUGAGGGAACGUUUGGAGAAGUUGGGCACACCUGGCAAGUGGGACCACAUCACUGCUCAGAUUGGAAUGUUCUCCUUCACUGGGCUCUCAGCCGAACAAGCCAAAUUCCUGUGUGAUAAGUACCACGUCUUCAUUCUGUCAAAUGGCCGGAUAAACAUGUGUGGCAUCACAACAGGGAACAUUGACCAUGUGGCAGAAGCAAUUAAUGAUGCAGUGUGCAAUGUUUCCAAGGCCUAGUAGUGAAGCAGUGUGUCAGUGUCAUUACCUAAGACAGGAGGAAAAGGUUUAUACAGGAAUGCCUGUUAAGACACCAUUUGUUGUGAAUAGUAGUUAUCCAUGUCCCAGUCCUUGAUUGUUAAGAAAUUAGCAGUGUUGUUUAGGAUGCAAAUUGGCCAGUACAGGUACUGUAUAAAAUAAUUGACACUGUGUAAAGAGGGAACUUAAAUAUUGUUUGAGGUUUUAUAACCUUAUUGUAAAUUGAACCUCCAAAUGAAAUGAAUUGGUAAGACUUUGCCUAUGAUAUAGCCAGAUAGUUAUAGCAUAAGUAAAACUAUAACAAGAAAUAUCCAAAGAUUUUUAACACUUCAUGAAAUACUGAGGAUAAUGUUAAGAUAUUAUACCCACAUUAUUGAAAUACAGUUUCCAUUGGGGUGUCGAGGCCUUGUUGGAUAGUAAUGUAGUCUGCAACAGGUCUCAAGAAUGCAGUGCUUCAUUGGCACUUCUGUAUAAUCAUCACUGAAAGCUUUAUGCACUCAAGGUAUCUGCUCACUUAUUAACAGUGGUUGUCAGUCUUUACCUAUGCAGCCAAGAGCCUCGGUGUCAACACGAUGAAAUUGUACACUUCCACGGAUCCUCACACCAGACGGACAUGUGGUCAUUAUUGUGAUAUUAGUGGCAUCUACAAAAUUGUUACAUUGUUAAUGUUGAUUUGUAUUUGUCAUAACUUAGUGUUGUGAACAGAGUAUUUAUUAACAGAUAAGAUCCGGUUAGAAACUUAACAUACUAUUUAUCACAGCAGAAUUUUAGCAAUGCCAAUUAAUAAAGUAUAGCAUAGAAUUAUUUAACUUGCUAUUUUUAUUUAUUUAUCUGUCACUAAGAGUAAUUUUAAAUUGUCUAGCAUUAGGUAAAUAAAAUAUUAAAGGUUGCGUCCCGUAGUAAAGGGGUGUUUAAAAUUAGUACCUUAAUUUCUGACGUUGGUAUCGGUGGUAACAGAGUAAAAAAAAUUUUUAUUUUGUGACAAAAACAUCAAAGUAGCCAAUUAUUGACUAGUGUACAUCCCGUGUUGCUAAGGCCGUCGUCACAUGUACACAUGACAGUCGGGAUAUACUGCACUGUACUCUGUAUUAUAAUGCAUCAGACACCUAUUUGGAAGUUGGGUACAGUACAGUAUUUAAAAUUGAUAGUCAGUAUUUUUGGACCAAUGUGAAGUACAGUUUUCAUAAUUACAAAUCUUAAUGAUAUUUGCAAGCAUGAACACAUUGUCCCUCACUUGCUUUAAAAUAAAAAAAUAAUACAAAAAUGUUAAAUUAUCAAGCAUUUGUUAAUUUUAAUCUUUAUUACAAAAGUAACUGAAAACAGUUACAUUUGUUUACUAAGUAAUAAUAGUUGCAGUUGGAAAAUAAUAUACAUCUUAUUAAAUCACCCGAGCGUUCCAAUGCUAGUAAGAGUUCACCAUCACAUAAUUUGCAUCAGUAGCACAGCAAGAAAUUAAUUUUGUGAUAUAGAUGUAUAUAAUGCAUUUACAGGGUGGCUACAGCUCUCUUCUGUUCCUACAAAGCAGACUGCUGCUUGUUCUUACAAUAAGGGUUAGAUUGUGCCUGAAGGGAAUAGUCUUUAAGUCAACAGGGAUCAUGUUGUAAAACCAGGAUCAAGAAGGUGGUUGAAGACUUGAUGUAAUCAUGGUAAGGUAGUCUAAUUUAUUGUAAGAAAAUGAAGAAGGUUGGAGACAGCAGUUGAGUCUAGUGCAUGUACAUAGUAAGUUUGUUGUCCACAUCAGUGAUGUUAAAUAUUGUUAAAACAAUAAAUUAUUAAAGAACUUUU